CUGGACCAAUUUACUAGAUAAACAAGCGCCUGUUUUCCAUGGUCGAUGAGAUAUUGAGGUGUGUAGGCUGUCAUUGCCCCUCUCUCUCAUGCGCCUACUGGUCUUUGUGAAUCGGCUCAAACCUCAAGGUUUGGCGUAUCAAAUAAUUCACUCCUAUCAUUCGCCUGAGAAAUCUUCACACCAAAUUGCUCAUAUCUAGUUGAUCUUUCUAGUUGCUGCUCGUGUUUCUUCUUCUGCUAUGCACUGAUGACAUUUUCAGGCUAAUUUCAAUUUACAACAUACACCAUGAAGUCCAUAACAAAGAAGGGAUUAACAUCAAUCUCACCAUUUCGAUUCAAAGAAAAGUCAACCAACUGUUUUUGUUUAUUUCCAAAAGUCAAAUCCAGAUAUGGUCCAGGGAAUUCCCCCGUUUAUCUCAAUGUCUAUGAUUUGACUCCCAUGAAUGGAUACGCUUAUUGGGCCGGCUUCGGAAUCUUCCAUUCCGGAGUUGAAGUUCAUGGAGUGGAAUAUGCAUUUGGGGCUCAUGAUUAUCCAAGUAGUGGUGUGUUUGAGGUUGAGCCUCGACAAUGUCCAGGGUUUAAAUUUAGGAGGUCGAUAUUAAUUGGGACCACGUGUCUGGAUCCUAUGCAAGUCCGAGAAUUCAUGGAGCUUCAUGCUGCUAAAUACCAUGGUGACACGUAUCACUUAAUUGUCAAAAACUGCAACCAUUUUUGUAACGAUGUUUCUUACAACUUAACCGGGAAACAAAUCCCCGGUUGGGUCAACCGGCUUGCUAAACUCGGGUCAAUAUUUAGCUGUGUGUUACCCGAAGCCCUUAGGGUUUCGGCCGUGCAACAUUGCAUACCUUACGAGACCGAGAAGCAAAUGCUAAGAAGCGGUAGUUUUAGUUUUCUAUCAUCGAGGCAGAGACAGCUCUCGAUGUCUUCGUUGCUUUUGCAGUCUCCAUUAAAGGGUUGCUUAAGGCCUUGGGAGUUGAGGCGAUCAAGAUCAAGAAAUGUUGUGGUAAACAACACGUAAGAAGUACUUAAAACGCGUCUUAAUUUCUUGUUUGUUUUCUCGUAAAUAAGCACAAUGAUUUGUUUGUAUGUUAGCAUAUGAUUAGUGGUGAUGAAAUUAAUUAAUGUAAGGUUUAGGGGAAACUUAUAGGUAUUUUAUUGUUCUUGCUAUUGUUUUUCUUUAUAAUCUAUUACAAAGGUUAGUGGAACAA